AUGGCGAGCCAGGCAUUCGCGAGCAAAGUGUACGCAAUCACUGGUGGAGCAAGCGGCAUUGGUCUCGCAACCGCCAAAGCCAUCUCCGAACGGGGAGGCACCGUCUGCAUUGCCGACGUCGACGGCACCUCCAUGUCGGCAGUGGAGUCCUACUUCUCUGCGAAGAACGUCCCAUUCACAGUCACCAAGGUGGACGUCUCCAGUCGAGAGCAGGUGGAAACCUGGAUCAGUGGGAUUGUGGAGAAGUUUGGUCGACUGGACGGCGCGGCGAAUGUUGCGGGUGUGAUUGGCAAAGAUCAUGGCGUUAAGCCGGUAUCGGCACUGGACGACGAGGAGUGGAAUAAGAUUCUCGCGGUGAAUUUGACGGGCCUUAUGUAUUGCCUGAGAGCACAACUCAACAAGAUAUUGAAGGGCGGUUCUAUCGUAAAUGUGGCUUCGAUACACGGCACGACGGGUAUGGCAAACCACGGCGCAUAUGCCGCGAGCAAGCAUGGUGUGAUCGGCCUCACACGAGCUGCCGCGAAGGAAAAUGGGGCAGCAGAGAUCCGAAUCAACGCAGUUGCUCCUGGUGCAAUAUACACGCCGAUGAUGCAGAAGUACUGGGACGAGCACGAGCGGCCGGCCGAUGCUCCGUUUGAUGAUCCCAGCGCAUUUCAACGCCAGGGGAAGCCAGAAGAAGUCGCGAAUGUUAUCGUCUUCUUAUUGGGACCGGAAAGUACGUUUGUCAGCGGAAGUGUGUAUGCAGUUGACGGAGCAUGGCUAUAGAAAU